AUGGCAACUGAUUUUUUUACCAAAUGGGUGGAGGCAAUUCCUAUGAAGAAAGUAGAGCAAAGGGAUGUGAUUCAAUUCAUAAAAGAACAUGGUAUUCAUAGAUUUGGCAUCCCACAGUCCAUCACUACUGAUCAAUUAACGAUGUUCACUAGGGAAGACAUGAAAGAAUUUGUAAAAGAUUAUAGGAUAAAAGUAAUCAAGUCUACCCCAUUCUAUGCACAGGCCAAUGGACAAGCAGAGGCAUCAAAUAAAAUCCUCAUUAGAAUUUUGGAGAAAAUGUUAGAAGAUAAUCUAAGGGACUGGCCAAGAAUUCUUUUUGAAACCCUAUGGGCUUAUAGGACAUCCAAAAGAAGUUCUACAAGUAUGAGUCCAUUUUUCCUCACUUAUGGUCAUGAUGUUGUGUUGCCUAUGGAAAUAGUAGUGCCUUCAUUAAGAGUAGUAAAACAGAAUGCUCUUCAGCCUUUGUAA